AUGGGAAAGGUUCCUAUUACAAUAUUGUAUGAUGGACAUUGGAAUGACAACAAAAAAUUCGUGGGUUAUAGGUUGACAGCUAUGUUGCUUAACGACAAUGCCACAUUUUUAGAUGCUUUACAACUAUUGUAUAAAGAGUUGCCUCUAAAGUUGGAUUGUCAUCGCCACUACAUUAGGAUUUUUGUUGAUAUGAACCUUGGAGAGAAUGGAAAUAAUAUUUUAGAGGUUAUGGGUGAUAGUGGUAUGAGUUGGUACCUACAUAUGGAAAAAUCUGAUAAAGAAAUGAAAUACCCACUCAUUGUAAGUUUUGAGGAGCGUCCAAUGGUUGAACUAAUUCAAAAGUCCAUUGAGAAUAGUCGUUUGUUGUUGGAGUCUGUUACUGAUCACUCCUCUAUAAUGGAUUCAGAUUUGUCUUCAAAGUUUGGCACAAAAUUUGAAGUAGGUUCAUCGUCAAAUUCUCAUGGUGGGAGCAGUGGUAGUUCAACUGUUCUAAGUACCAACACAAACAAUUCUCCUACUUCAGAAAACGUAGACUCUAUAUUUGUAGAUCCCAUUGGAUUGGAAGAUCUGAAAGUCAAAUACUUCUUUGAAAAUAAAGAAAAGUUGAAGACUGCAUUAGGGUUGAUCUCAAUUAAGAAAUUUUUUGAAUUUGUGACUAUUAAGUCUAACCAAACUAGAUUGGUUGUCAGAUGUGUAGUUCCAAAUUGUGAAUGGUACAUGAGGGCUUCAAAGUAUGGAAAUGGAGAUUUUUGGAUGGUAAGGAAGUAUGUCAAGGAUCAUACUUGUCCAAUUGAUGUUGUGUUAAAUGAUCAUCGUCAAGCUACUAGCAAAUUAGUGAGUGAUUGUGUAACUAACUUGCUAAGAGAUGAUGCAACAACAUGUCCUAAAAAGAUAGUAGCUCAUAUGUUGAGAGAUUAUGGGGUCCAUAUUAGUUACUUCAAAGCUCGUAUGGCAAAGGAAAAAGCAUUGGAGGCAUUACAAGGAUCUGCUGAUGAGUCAUAUGCUCUAUUGCCAUCAUAUCUCCAUGCUCUAAAGUCUUCUAAUCUUGGCUCAGUGGUUGAUUAUCAAACUGAUGAUGAAGGCAGAUUCUUGUAUAUGUUCAUGGCAUUUGGAGCUUCCCUUGAAGGAUGGAAGUAUUGUAGGCCAGUCAUAUCAGUUGACGGAACAUUUUUAACAGCUAAAUUUGCAGGAACAUUGUUCAUGGCAUGUGCCAUGGAUGCCAAUAAUCAUAUAUUCCCAAUAGGUUUUGGCAUCGGAGAUUUUGAGAAUGAUUCUUCUUGGAUUUGGUUUUUCCAAAGAUUAAGAGGUGCAUUAGGAUCUCGAGAUAAUCUAGUUAUUGUUUCAGACAGACACAGGAGUAUUGAGAAUGCAAUAUCUACUGUGUAUCCAAAUGCAGAACAUGUCUUAUGCACCUAUCAUUUGUUGAACAACCUAAAAUCUGCAUUGAAGUUCAAGGGCCAUGAUGUGCUAUUUGAGAAUUGUUCAAGAGCUUAUUUGAAGAUUGACUUUGAGUUUUAUAUGCGCCAAAUGGAGUCAAUCAAACCAAGAAUUCGUGAAUAUCUUCUUCAAGUUGGAUACGAGAAAUGGGCUAGAUCAUAUUCUACUAGAAGAAGAUACACCAUUAUGACCUCAAAUAUAUCUGAAAGCUUAAAUUCUGUUUGGAAAGAAGCUAGAGACUUUCCUGGUAUAUUCAUUUUCUAUUAUGGUAUAUUGUAUUUUGUAACUGGUAUAUUGAGAAAUAUACAAGAUGCAGCAAAAAUUGUAGCUUUAUUGGAAAAUUUAAGGCAAAAGGUUCAAAAUUGGUUUGAUACACGUCGUUUGGAAGCAGCAAGCACAUUUACAAGGUUGUCAAAGUGGGAAGAAGACCAGCUUGUUGAGCAAAAUCGUCUAGGUAGAAUUAUGAAUGUAUACUCUGUUGGUCAUCAAAUUUACCAAGUUGUUGAUGGUAACUUAGAAUUUGUUGUUGAAAUUCUAAAGCGCAGUUGCACUUGUCGCAAGUGGGACUUAGAUGAAAUCCCUUGCUCGCAUGCAUGUGCUGCCAUAAGAAAAGCAAACUUGUGCCAUUAUACUUAUGUCUCUAAAUUUUACAUGAAGGAUGUUUUUGUGAGCACAUAUAAUGGAAUAAUCCAUCCAGUGGGAAGUCAAAAGUUUUGGGAUAUUCCUGAUAUUGUCAAAGAUCAUGUUGUGCUGCCACCCAUUGUAAGGAGAAGAGCUGGCAGACCAAAAAAGAAGAGGAUUCCUUCAGCUGGGGAAAAAAGGAGGCAAAUCAAGUGUGGUAGGUGCAAUGAAAAUGGACACAAUCGUAAAAGAUGUAGAAAUGCUAUUCAUGUGAAGAUGAAAUAUAUGAAGAGGCUGAAAUCUUGUGUUCAUACUCAUUAA